GCUCCUUUUCCAGCGACCGAAUGAGACGUUUGUCUUGUGGUUUGACGCCUGAAAGUCCUUAAAUCUCCCGGGGGGCCGUGACGCUGUGGAUGGGUUUGGUUCCGCUCGGAUGGGAUGCACCGUGAGCUUCAUCUGCUGUGAGGAGGACUUUCUGCAAAUGCCUGCUGUUCCCCAACAUGAGGAGGUCAAGAACCCGAACCCGAGUCCGAGGAAGCCGGAGGAGUUGGAGACUUUCCAUUCCCACACCUUCCGGGUGAAGACGUUUAAGAAGACCAAGCACUGCAGCGUUUGUAAGCAGAACAUCACCCAGGACGGACUCGUCUGCCGAGUGUGCCGGAUAGCCUGCCACAAGAAAUGUGAAGUCAAGGUGUCUUCGUCUUGUGUUCCAGCAACAAACUACGAGCUGGCGCCAAGCAGUGAGCUCCCUCUCAAACAUGUGGACACCAUGGGUUCAACAAAAUCAUCGAAGAGCGUAGAAUCACGCCGCCGACCGUCAAGGAGUGUGAGUCUGCUGCAGGCCCUGGAGGAGAACUAUGAAGUGGACCUGAUCUACAUCACAGAGAGGAUCAUCUCGGUCUCCUUCCCCAGCACCGUGGAGGAGCAGAGCUACGCCGCCAACCUACGGGAGGUCGCUUCCAUGUUGCGCUCCAAACAUGGACACAGCUAUCUGCUCUUCAACCUCAGUGAGAAGCGUUAUGACAUCACUCAACUCAAUCCACGGGUGUUGGACUUCGGCUGGCCUGACCACCACGCUCCAGCUUUGGAUAAAAUCUGCAGCAUCUGCAAGGCCAUGGACACGUGGCUGAGUGCCGACAACCAUAACGUAGUGGUGAUACACAAUAAGGGCAACCGCGGGCGGACUGGAGUGGUGGUGGCAGCCUACAUGCAUUACAGUAACAUAUCUGCCAGUGCGGACCAGGCCCUGGACAGGUUUGCCAUGAAGCAUUUUUAUGAAGACAAAGUACUCCCUGUGGGCCAGCCGUCUCAGAAAAGGUACGUGGAGUACUUCAGCGGCCUGCUCUCCGGACACAUCAAAAUCAACAACAAGCCACUUUUCCUUCAUCACGUCAUCAUGCACGGCAUCCCCAACUUUGAAUCUAAAGGAGGUUGUCGUCCAUUUCUGAAAAUCUACCAGGCCAUGCAGCCCGUCUACACAUCUGGCAUCUAUAACGUUCAAGGCGACAGUCAGACGAGCAUCUGCAUCACCAUCGAACCUGGACUUCUUCUCAAAGGGGACAUCCUGCUUAAAUGCUACCACAAGCGCUACCGUAGCCCAUCCCGAGAUGUGAUAUUCCGGGUGCAGUUUCACACCUGUGCAGUUCACGACCUGGGGGUCGUCUUUGGGAAGGACGAGCUCGAUGAGACAUUUAAAGAUGACAGGUUUCCAGAAUAUGGAAAAGUUGAGUUUAUCUUCUCCUUUGGUCCAGAGAAAAUUCAUGGCAUGGACCACCUGGAGAACGGGCCGAGCGUCUCUGUCGACUACAACACACAAGAUCCCUUAAUCCGGUGGGACUCCUACGAAAACUUCAGUCAAGCUUGUGAAGACACCACAGAAGAAGUUAUCCAUACCCAAGGACCUCUGGAUGGCAGCCUAUAUGCCAAAGUUCGCAAAAAGGAGUCUGUUAAUGGAGCAGUCACAGAGAACGGUCUCCCGCCAGCCGUUGUUGACCACACCCUACCCACAGGUGACCAUGCCUUGUCAGUGAGCAGCGAUUCAGGGAAUUCUACUGCCUCCAUCAAAACUGAUCGAACAGAUGACGCAGCAGCAGCCCCCUCACCGGCGGCCACAGUGAGCCAGCCCCACAUUCCUGUGGGUGAAGAACUGCUGCCAGUCCUUCACAAUACCCCGCCUGCACAACAACCCAUCAGUCCCCAAGAGAAACAGGAGCUGGAACAACUACUGAGUGGCUUAGAGGGACCAAUGCACCAUCAGGGCUACCGGUCCACCCCGACCUCUAACAUAGGCAGGAUGCUUCAUCUGGUGCCUGCUCAAGUCCACGUUAAUGGGCACAGUAGUAUUGACCGAGAAACUGACAUUUUAGAUGAUGAGCUGCCCAUCAGUCAAGAAGGCAACAGUGUGGACAGUUUAGGGACAUUCUCCUCCACAGACGACCGGGCCACUCCAGCUGAUCUCUACUACCAGUCCGAGUCGGUCACUAAUGGCCAAGACCAUGUCCCAUAUUUGGAGGGUAGCAUCCAAGAAAAACCUCUAGAAACUGUCCAGACCCAAACCGGCACAUCCAAUAAGCCAGGCACGAUGACACAAUUUGAGUCAGGCCCAUCCAUGGGUCACUCCAUAACCACCCAGAAUGGCAGUUUGUUCCGCUCUCAGUCAUUUGGUGCUGAGCCAGAAUCCAUGCCUCAAGCUCCAACCCGCACCACAAGUAGCAGGGAUGCUGUCCAACGUGGCCUUAAUGUUUGGCAGCAGUUUGGUGUACCCGAGGAGCCUGUGACUGAAGGCCUCACGUUUAGCCCACCUUCUCCCAUAGCUACACUACGAAGCCACCACAGCCUUCCACAGUUUCCUCAUCGUCACAGUGCUUCACAGCAAGAGAUAGAGCAGUCUAUUGAAACACUUAAUCUCUUAAUGUUGGACUUGGAACCAGGUUGUUCAUUACUGUCAAAGUCCCACAGUGAUCCCCUGAAGGAAAACAGUCUUGUGGUGACCACUCAGCCAUCUUUUUCCCAGAGUCAGGCUAGGCCCUCCUACCCGACUGACCACUUCUCUGGUGCCAUGGCCAGCCUGAACAGCUACUCGUCACCUUCUGAAAUAUCACCUGGAAAGCCAAGCACCUCAGAACCUUCACCUGUCCAUGGAUCUUUGGGUUACACAUUUGAAACAGAUGGAAGCAGCUCUUCUUUUCAAGUCUCCCCCAGUCAAAUUGGUCACCUCCAGCUCAAAGCGGUCAACAACUACCCGUGUAGCAUAACAUCCCAACCUGGAGAGGCCUCUGAACCCCAGAGAAGUCCUAGUCCCACCUCUGCAUCACCUCAGCCAAGAGAUAGUGAACCUGAAGAGGUCUUCAAUGUUGAAGGUCUUGUUGCCCAACGUGUAGCUGAAUACUCGGCUCGUGCCCAAAAGGUCAUCCCGAGCAUGCCCGCUUCUCAGUCUGAACGUCCCCGUUUUCACUCCCUUUCUGGUGUUCAGGCCCGUGCCACGUCUCUGGAUGAGCCUACAGUUCUUCCCCGUCGCCGCACCGCCAGUGACGGACAGUACCAGAGCGGUGGUGAUGAAGAUCCGUCAGCAGACGUUCCAGUUCGUUCACCCAUUCGUUGUGUUUCUCCAGAGUUUGUCCAUGCCAUAGCGAUGAACCCUGGAGGUCGGCCAAAGGAGAGACACUUGCACAGCUACCGGGAGGCCUUCGAGGAGAUGGAAGGAGGCCCCAUCAGUCCCACAUCCACAGCUGGUGGUGAGAUGUUCCCCCAAACUCCUGCCUUUCCCGUCUCACCGCAAACCCCUUACUUCAACCUGUGUCGCUCACCGCCGGGUCUCGCCAAGACUCCGCUGUCAGCGCUGGGACUGAAGCCCCACAACCCGGCAGAAAUUCUUCUCAACCAAACAGGAUCAGCACCAAGAAGUUAUGUGGAGUCUGUGGCCAGGUCGGCGGCGGCAGCAGGCGGAGACGCACCUACGUCACCGCGAAGCCUGAGUCCACCGCCAAAGAUGACCGCCCAACACAGGAGCCCAAGUCCCCCCUCCCAUGUCCUGAACCCACCGUUGUCCAGCAGCAGCCCCAUCCAGAGCUCAGAGGGUGAUUUCACCUUAACACAGACUGGUGUUAACACGCCGUCCCAACCAACUACUGAUCCAGGAUUCCGUUCCCAAACAACAGACAGCACCUGCCACACUCCUGCUCCCUCAUAUCAAGCCUCUGUCACACCCACUUCUUCAUACCUGGAUUCCAACUCCCCUACCGCCGGGUAUCUCUGUACCACAACUCCUACUGUCACUGGUCUCGAGCCCAACACUGUCCUGAGAAGCUGUGUGGCCUCAGAGCACAGCCCAUCCGCUUCAGACCCUUCCCAGACCACAGUUUGCCAUGCAAGUCCCGAAAUGCUGCACCGGACAAAUGUCCUUGGUUCUGUGGUUAGUCCUGUCAGCCAAGAGCACCCAGGUUCUAAUCAGGAGGGUUCCAUCGUGGUCCAGCAAAUACCACAUACUAAUGGAUUUGAUGUGCACAAGCCAGGUCUUGGUGGCAGUCCCAUCCUUGGCCAGCGUCUGGUGCAUGGAGCACAGAGCAGCCCGGUCCUCAGCAGACAGGCCUCAUCGGGACAAGGGUCUCAGAAUAGCCCAGUCCUCGGCAGAGAAACCUCUCGUGUCCAGGCUCUGCAGGGCAGCCCCGUUCUUGCUCGACAACCUCAAGGAAGUCCGAUUUUGGGACGCCACUCAUCUGUAUCACAAGUGUCUCAGAGAAGCCCCAGUUUGGACCGGCACCCCAUGCACAGCGGGUACACCACCCCAGAUGAGAGACACGGCAACCUGUCGAGACAAAGCAGCUCCUCUGGCUACCAGGGCCCCCCUACGCCAUCCUUCCCCAUCUCUCCUGCAGGCUACCACGAUGGUGGAUUGUUGGGCAUGGGAGUUGGGUUCCGGCAGGGUAGUCCACCUCCUGGAUUCCAGCCACAGCUUCCUGAGAAGAGGCGCAUGUCUAGUGGUGAUAGGCCAAACGGAUCACUAUCGUAUGGCACCAUGAAUGGGAAGACAAUGUCACCACUGUCAAGUGGAGGAAGCACGCCCAGUUACUUCCACACCCUCUCGGACUUCUCCAGGUUCAACAUGCAUGAUGGAAGCCCUGAGAGCAAGUUAAAUGUCAAGUUUGUCCAAGACACAUCCAAAUUCUGGUACAAGCCAGACAUUUCCAGGGAUCAAGCAAUCAACUUGCUGAGGGAGCGGGAGCCCGGAGCCUUUGUUAUUCGGGACAGUCACUCUUUCAGGGGCGCUUACGGUUUGGCGAUGAAGGUGGCGUCUCCUCCGCCUUCAGCGCAUCCGAACAAGAAAGGUGACGUCACCAAUGAGCUGGUGAGACACUUCCUGAUUGAGAGCAGCCCUAAAGGAGUGAAGCUGAAGGGUUGUCCCAAUGAGCCUUACUUUGGCUGUCUCUCUGCUCUGGUGUACCAGCAUGCUAUCACACCGCUGGCUCUGCCCUGCAAACUGCUCAUCCCGACCACAGACCUCAACGAGGACGCACCAGAGGUCACAACAACAAACCCACUGACUGAGCGGCUGAAACAAGGAGCAGUGCAGAGGACACCUUCUGAUUCCUAUGCAUGCAACGUGUUGUACGUCAACUCUGUGGAGAUGGAGUCCUUGACGGGCCCCCAGGCCGUCGCUAAGGCCGUCGCUGAGACUCUGGCCGCCCCGUCUCCGCCCACUGCCACCGUCGUGCACUUCAAGGUGUCAUCACAGGGCAUCACGCUGACUGACAACCACAGAAAGCUUUUCUUCCGGCGCCACUACCCAAGUAACACUGUCACCUUCUGCGACAUCGACCCUCAGGACAGAAAAUGGAGCAAGCCUGAGGGAGGCACAGCUAAGUUGUUUGGGUUCGUGGCCCGGAAGCAGGGAAGCACAACCGACAACAUCAGCCACCUCUUUGCUGAGAUGGACCCCGAGCAGCCCGCCGGCGCCAUCGUCAACUUCGUCUCCAAGAUGAUUUCCUCGCAAAAACGAUGAGAAGCUUCAUUUCUGUUCUGAACAAUUAAGCAUUUGAGUUUAUGUGUCACCUGAUUUUCCAGACCUGACACAUGUAAGCGUGUGUGCGUGCGUGUGUGUGUGUGCGCGGCCUACAUGCAUGUGCUUUUCUUCACGGACGGACUCCAGAAUGGACCAGAGGACGUGCAGAAUGGGGUGUGGUCGUGUGUGUGACAGUGGGACGGGAGGCGGGUUUCAUCUCUCUGGCAGGGAAUCACAUGACAGGAAGUGGCGAUGAUGUGUCGACAAACUUUUUUUUUUCUUUUUCUUUCUGUUAUUAAGACAGAGUUAAGUUGUUUUAUGUAAAGUUGGACUAAAAGUCUUUUGGGCUUCCUGACUGGUCAACCAAAGAUGAAAUAAGGUGGUCAGAGCGCCACCAUCUGAGCGUCUGAAGUAUUCCUUUGUAAAAAACAAAUAUGGCUGCUUAAUCCAAAAUACUGAUGUGUGUGUGUCUGUACGUCGUGAUACUGUCGCUCGGAUCUUACAUCUUCUGAAAAAACAUCUUGCAAAGGGUGUUUUUGGACAUUGUUGUAGCUGGUGGGAUUUGUGUAAAUAUUGGAGGUUGCUUUAAGUGUAGGUCUGUUGUAGAUGACAUUUGGUACCUGACUUUACUUUUAACGCAGAGCUUUUUCUUAAAGAAAAACAAAAACACAAAGAGCGCCGUCCCAACUGGCUUAAAAGACCCCUGUUUUUGAAAUGACAGUUAUUGAAAAUCCCACAUGUGGAUUCCUUGUUUGAUGGUGUUGGGUCACUAGUUUGAGCAUAAAA